UUCUGCUUCCUUUCAUAAGCAUUUUGAAGGACGACUUUAUUCCACUGACAGCCACUGGUCUCCCAUGAGGCACAGUGUGUGUGCGUGCGUGCGUGUGUGUGUCCAGGAACCAUGCCUCCUCUGGGUGGUGUGAGCUCAGACUGGAAUGUCCCUGAAGGCACAGCGGCUGCACCAGCUCCUCACCACCUGCUCCUGCUGCCCUCACUAUAAGGUAUAAGGUAUGUCGGGGGGGAGAACACCGCACUGACCCGGAGGUCGAGCUGCGGUUACACACAAAUACACAGUCAACAUUUCUUUCAUUUUAAGAAGUGUCCUGAGUUUUUGACAUCAGAAUGAACUAUUUAACCUUCUGUGUUGGCCCAGAUUUCCCCACACCUUUCCAACACCAAAUUAGGAAAAUACAAUAUCUUCAUUGAUCUGGACAACCUGAAUUGUUUGAAGUGUGAAUGCAGUAUGUGGCUUUUUAGGGGGCGCCCUUCUCUUGAAGAUUUUCAUCCAAACAAAGAAAAAAAGGGAACGCUUUGGUGAGUAACCACACGGUUACAUUUCCCUUUUUAAAAAGCUUCAGCUAGAUUGUUUUUAGUCUGACAAACAACAUUGCUUUGUGCUGACGCGCUUUGUUUUUUUCGUGGCACUGUGGCUGUCCACAUUGUCGGGAAGAGUCGAGUCCCAGAGGACGGAUUGAACUCCAGAGUGACAGAAUGCAGACGCAGAGAGAGAGAGAGAACAAUGUCUCGUCGCUGGAAAGAAGUACAGGAGUCCAGGCGGCGUAGAACUCGCUGAGGCCCGAUCACUUAACGCGGCUAAACACUUUAACAUGGAGUCCAUGUGUCUUCGUGAGUAAUAAUCCACAAUGAAUCUAUUGCUCAAACACAGGACUUGUUUUUUAUUUCUUAUUUCACAGAGAGUGAAGGCAGUGCCCCAGGUCUGAAUGACUAAGAACAUGAGAUAUGAUAUCUUGAGAGGGGAUUAUGAUGGUGAUGUCGGGUGUCUCCAUCCAUUUAUCCACCCAACACGUUUAUCCAGAACAAGAUUCGCCGGGAUCCCCGUGAUGACCGGGCUCCGGACUCUCUGCCGCGGCUGGAUUCAAGUCUCGACCCCGAGCACGGACCUUCCAUGACUCACAGGGCUUAGCCGCGACUCUGCGGACGGACACCCCGCACUUCCACCGGCUGGAGGCGCCGAGCCGCGAGGAUCGUGUACCUGCGCGCGGCGGACAUGGAUCAGUGAGCAGCGCCGCAGAGUGUGAGGGUUUCACAGGUUAGAAAGUACAGAGAAGUUACAGAUACUCUCGCGCCAGUAACGCACAGCGUCCAUUUCUGAGAAUCCAGGAGCGAUGCAGCGAGCCUGUGUCUGGAUCGUCAGACUUUCUGUGCCGCUGCUGUUGCUUCGGUCCGACCCCCUGGACUGCCAACGCACCACAGACCACAGGAAGGUUCAUCAGAGGGCAGAGCCCCAACAGGAGUUCAAGGCCGAGCAUGGGGAGAUCCGGGGCUCCUGGGGUGCCUGGGGGUCCUGGUCCACCUGCUCUAGGACCUGCGGAAAAGGGGUACAGGAGCAGAGCAGGCCCUGCCUGCCCGUUUACACUCCAUCCCAGUUUCCGUCCAGAACAGCCGACGGUCGUCCGCGGCAACCAGCAGGCCACGUCAUCUCAGCCUUGCAGCCGACGGUCUCUCUGCACCGUGCCACAGGCAGGCCGUCGAACGGCAGCAGUCGCGGUGAGCUGAGGAAAGAGGCCCGACCAGGUGGACGAAGGAGGCUCGGUCCCAUCAUCCCGGGGAGGUAUGGCUACGGGAGAGCUCCGCACGUUGCCCCUCUGCAGACGGACGCAGGCCCCGGAUCGGGGGCGGCUCGCCCCCACAGACGGAGACGCUCGGCAGCUGCCCACCACCCCGCAGCCGGAGGCCACGGUGGCCACCAGUCGAACAACCCGGACCCUCCUUACAACCACCACCGCUACAGCGUUCCGUUCAUGCAGCCCAGGGCACAGCAGCCCACAAGUAACCAAGUCUGGGCCCCCCUCUACCAGCCUGGAUCGGCCAACAAGGCUGAGGAGCGGGAGCCACAGUCAGGCAGCCAGACGUCUGGGCCCCAGCAGCACCACGAGAGACCCUAUGACCCUUUACCUACGUCUUCCUGCACGGGGGAGCAUGCUCACUACAGGAUCUGCAACAGCAAUGCCUGUCCUCCAUCCAGCAGACACAUCAGGGCUGUUCAGUGUUCUUCUUACAACAGCCGACCUUUCAUGGGCAGACUGUACGAGUGGGAACCUUUCAAUGAGGUUCCUGGGGAUCAACACUGUGAACUCAACUGUCGGGCCAUAGGGUACAGGUUCUACGUGCGGCAGUCGGACAGGGUGAUUGACGGGACGCCAUGUGGACAGAAUGAUACAUCUCUCUGUGUGGCGGGAAAGUGUGCGAGCCUCGGCUGCGACGAGUACCUCGGGUCGGGCCAGGCGAUGGACGCGUGCGGCGUGUGCGGCGGCGACAACACCACCUGCAGGCUGGUCUCCGGCGUCUUCAAACACAGUUUGUCCAAGGUUGGCUAUCACAAGAUAGUGGAGAUCCCAGAGGGGGCCACCAAGAUCAACGUCACAGAGAUGGUGAAGAGCCGGAACUACCUAGCUCUCCGAAGCCGGUCGGGGCGAUCCAUCAUUAAUGGAAACUGGGCUAUUGACCGACCCGGGAAGUACCAAGGAGGGGGGACCAUGUUCACCUACCGGCGGCCCAAUGAAAUCAGUAGCACAGCUGGGGAGUCCUUUCUCGCCGAAGGGCCCACCAAUGAGAUCCUGGAGGUUUAUAUGAUCUUCCAGCAGCCAAACCCUGGUGUUCAUUAUGAGUACAUUCUCCCCUCUGAGAAAACCGUGGGCCCUCAGCAACCAAACCACAGACCAGAGGAGAACACUGUGACUGGCCAGGGGGGAUACGACCAUCACAGCAACGCACGCCAGGAAAACGUCGACACAGCAGGAGGAGGGCGGUACCCUACUCGUCUCCCCGACAACCAGGUACCUGUCAUACAGCCGCCCAGACGCGAGCGAGAGCACAACUGGAAAAUGACUGGCGUCACAGAGUGCAGUGCCUCCUGUGGUAAAGGAUUCAGAUACCCCGUCUUUCAUUGUGUGCACCGGCUGAACCAUGUCCAGGCAUCAGAUGCUUUGUGUGACAGCAGCAGCAGGCCGAGUGCACCGGAGGAGGCCUGCAACCUGCAGCCCUGCCCGGCAUUCUGGGACAUUGGAGAGUGGUCAGAAUGCAGCAAGACCUGUGGCCUGGGCAUGCAGCACCGGCAGGUCCUGUGCCGCCAGGUGUACGCCAACCGCACCCUCAACGUCCACACCAGCCGCUGCCGACACCUGGAGCGCCCCGAAACUGCCAGCACCUGCCAGCUGAAGAUCUGCAGUGAGUGGCAGAUCCGCUCCGAGUGGACCGCUUGCUCUGUGCCAUGUGGGCUGGGUCAAAGGUCGCGAGAGGUACGCUGUGUCAGCAACGUGGGGGACUUUGUUCCAGAUGAGGAGUGCAACAUGAAUCUGCGGCCCGUCGAUGUAGAGAACUGUGACAUGGGAGCCUGUGCCAAGAGCUGGUUCUACACCGACUGGGGCAAUAAGUGCUCUGCUGAAUGUGGGAUGGGUGUACGGACGAGGGGAGUCCUCUGCCUGACCAACCACGUCAGUAACCUGCCCCUGGAGAAGUGUGGCAGCGAGCGGCCUGCGGACUCGCAGGUCUGCAACAACGGCCCCUGUGAGAAUCGCAUCGAGUGGUUCACGGGCCCCUGGAGCCAGUGCUCAGCCGAGUGCGGUGCGGGCAGCCAGCAGAGGUCAGUGGUGUGUCUGAUGAGGUCGGAUGAAGGAUUCACCGUCAUGCCACCGUACGAGUGCUCCUCCCUGGAGCGGCCCCUCGGCCAGCAGAGCUGCCACCUUGAGGCCUGUGGAGCAAAGUGGUACCACACUGACUGGAGUGCUUGCUCGAAAACAUGCGAGGGAGGUUUCCGCGUGCGGGAGGUGCGCUGCCUCACCGACGACAUGCUCUCCAGCGAGGGCUGCGACCAGCAGCUGAGACCAGCAGAGAGGGAGGAGUGCAGCCCCGAGCCCUGCGUGCCCAGCAUAGAUGAGAACUGCAAGGACAAUUACUACAACUGCAACGUGGUGGUGCAGGCGCGCCUCUGCGUGUACGAUUACUACAAGACGACGUGCUGCGCUUCGUGCUCGCGCGUGGCCCACAGACAGUCCACUCCUCGGGGCCGCAGCUAGCACCGCCUACCGGGGUCCCCUUCAGCGCCGCGUCGGGACAGACUCCGUACCCGCUGCAGGCACCCUGGUCCUGUGCCGGCCAGGGCAGUGGACCGGCUGGUCCUUUGCCUAAAAUGGACAUUUGUUUCGUUUGCCAAGGGUGGAAACUUAAGGAGGAACAUUUCUGUUGGCCUCUCUUUCGGAGAGAGCCGCUGGGAGAAGGUCGUACCUAUGAAUAGUGGAGGACAGGAACCCAGUGACUGGAUAAACAGAGCCCUGGUCUGGGGAGAGAGAUCAGUAGCAAUUUGAGGAACCUACAAAAAUGUAUUUAUGGAUUGCAACAACAACUUUUAAUAUUUCUUUUUUCGAUUCGUGGGAAGCAGUUUGCAGCCGUCUCUUACUGUAAGUGGAUGUUGAAGUGGACUACCCAUGAAGAGGAGAGCAUCUGUGCAAAGUUUAACAUGGACAACGUGCAGACUUGUAUGUGGCUCUUCAUGGCGCUCAGAUUUAUGGCCUGAUGUCAUAUGAAGUUGGUCCAGUCUCACCUAUAAUCAACUAUUUAACGCCCACUUUGUUGACCAAAGAUAUGUAAUCUCUUACUGUGCAUCAAACCCUCCACAGUGCCGACAGAAUGGAUCCAUGGGAAACUCAGGAUUUCGAUUCAUGAAUGGCCCAGAUGAGGUCUUCCUGAUUACAUAAGCAAUCUGCUUUCUGCAAAUUGUUUCUUCCUGCUCAGCCACCAGGUGUAAAUGCAGCCUUUGUAAUAUGUUUGUAUAUAUGUAUGUAUGUAUGUAUGUAUGUAGGGCAAAGUGAAUCAUUAAGGUUUUUUAGGGGUUCUAUGACAGUCUGAAGAGAAAAAAAAAACCCUCUUAAUUUAUUUGUGUGGCUCCCCAGGGAGGACUCUGGUUUAUCAGCCACCGGUGGCCCCUUCUUGGCGAUGAAACCUUUGUUGCCUUUCUCCACCAAUCACAGUGUCUGAACUGGAUGGAGGCGUUCCACAGCCUGUGUGAUGGUAGAAACAGAUGGUCAGAAGUGUAUUUUCUGGAGCGGUAUAAAAAACCAUUCUGUACAUAAAUAUAUUUUUUCUUUUUUUUUCUUUUCCUGUGGGAUAUAAUCAUUCCACCAUCAACAAGCAUAGCCACAUAGAAUUAUCAACAGAAUACGAUUAAUAUUUGAUUGUAAAGAUAGAUCAAGGCAGUAUUUUUUACAACUAUUGAACUGGUAUGAUAGGCUACAUGUGAGGUUUACAUUAAUAAGACAUAACACCUCUUUAAUGAGUCCCACACAAAUCCUGCACACAGUACCUCUCAAAGGUUCGGCCUUUGUUGUAUUAAUACCUUCGUUUUUCAGUUCCAAGCAUUAUAAACUUACCUCUGACUCAUAAGUACUGUAUACUGUAUGUACCAAUGUUUAAGUUUUGACCCAUUUGAGUUAAAUCGGUCUCUAAGGGAAAUAACCAUGACUGACCAACAUGAUGGGCUGACUCUUGAUUUUUCAAUCAAAAAGAGUGGAACUGAAAGAUCAUAAUUCAGUAUUCAUCAUAUGACUGUAACGAAUAGAGAGUCUGAAUUUGACUUAUUUUAAAUUUCGAGUGUUCAGCAGUUGCUCCUCGUAUGUUGUUCUUCAGAUUUUCUGAAAUAAAGAAAUGUACUAAUUAUUAA